AUGAGUACUUGCGAAGAUGUGAUCGACUUGACUGACUCGUUUACGUUAAUUGAGCAUUCCAGUUUAGCUGACGAUGUCAUUAUAAUUGACACUGAUGAAUCUUUAAGUUCAAAUGCAAAAUCUCCAGUAAAUACUCACUCAAAACCGAAAAGACAAAAAGAACCUUCGAAUAAAGAAAGCUCGGUACGUUUGACAAAUGAAUCUUCGACCGAAUCGAUUAGAAAACAUUCUCUACAUGCAAGCGUUCCUUACGUAGGAAGAGGGUCCGUAGCUGAAGAGUUCUUCCCCGAG